AACUUGGCGGCGGGGCCCUGCAAUGAAAUGCCAUGGAUUUGAGGUUUGCCGCGGAGGAAGGCGAUUGGGGCGAUGAUGACGCAGAGGUCGAAGACGUACAGGGUGAGGGGGUUGAAGAGAUUCCGGCUGUGAAGCACAAAGAGAUUCUUCCAGCAACUUCACCGGCGCUUCCGUCUGAGAAGCCUUUGGCCAAGGAUGCGGGGCACACCGAUGUUUCAGCUCGACCCGCCCCUCGGCCCCCGUCCAAAAUCCACAUGGAUCCACACACGCGGUACUUUGUUAUUAAAAGCAGCAGUCACAAAAACAUUGUGCUGUCCAUUGAGCACAGGGUCUGGGCAACUCCACGGAGCAAUCAGGAGAAGUUGAACGAGGCGUUUCGGAGUGCUUCCCAUGUGAUCCUGGUUUUCUCUGUGACUGGCAGUGGUUGUUUUCAAGGCUAUGCCAAAAUGCUUGGUCCAGUGGGAAGUAGUUCAACGGAUGUUUUCCAAGGCUUUGGCCGGGCUUUCGAAGUGCGGUGGCUCCGCUUGGAUGAUUUGGAUUUCGAACAGGUCUCAAACAUCCGCAACCCGUGGAACGAGAACAAAUCUGUGAAGGUGUCCAGAGAUGGCCAGGAGCUGCCGAAUGACGUGGGUCGUCAACUCUGCGACACUAUAGAUGCCAAAGUCUACGAGGGUGAUCCGUCUGGUUACAUCGAUGACAGCCAAGAACUAGAAACCGGUGAUCCUUCACUUCGUGCCACGCCCCGGCCCUUGCAUGCAUUCCAUCCUGCGCAAAGUGCCCCGCCCAUGCAGCCCGUGGCCAUGCAGCCCGUGGCGAUGCCGCCAAUGCAUUGGAUUCCGCAUGCCGUGCACGUGCCACAAGCGAUGCCAGUCGCGGUGCCCGUGCCAGUGGAUCCACGGGCCGCACCAGGCCCUCAGUGGUUUGGGCCGGGGCCUGACACAGAACCUGGCAGCCGGAAGCGACGUCGGUCAAGUCAAACCUCUGCUCCGCCCAACGACUGGCAAGGCAGAGCGCCCACCAUGGUGCCCAGUGCCCCGACGUCAGCGCCAACGCCGCAGACUGCCCCGCAGACGUGGUUGGGAGCCUCGCCGCGGUGAAAACAA